AUGCCGGUCGACGACGCGCACGCCGAGGCGCUCGCCUACAAAGCCUCCUCUGCCGCAGCCCUUACCUCGUCCUCCUCGACCUCCAUCCAAGACCUCUACGCCCGCGCCCUUUCCGACCAAACGCAGCACUCCCAACGACAGGACGAGCAGUAUCUUGCCCUUGCACCCACCUUCCUUUCCCUGCAUCAGCAAGCGUCGUCCUCCAAACAACUCCUCACGUCCCUAGAAACGUUCCUAUCGACCUUUCAAUCGGACCUGUCGACGCUAUCAACCCACAUCUCGGCGCUGCAGAACACCUCACAUGCGAUCGACUCGCGGCUGGACGCUACGCGGGAUGUCGAGAUCCGUCUUGCGUCCUUUCUCACGGACAUCGCGCUCUCCCCUCGCAUCGUCGACCUGUUCUUCGAUACAGACCCUGAGGCUCGACCCGAUCUGUGGCUCAAAGCGGUUCGUCAGUUGGAGCGCGCGCUCGACGCAACCAACCCCACCACCCUCCCCACCGACACCGCCGACGUCCCCGCAGUACGCGAGGUGCGCACCGUCGCAGAGGCCUGUCGCAACGUCGUAGCCUCCAAAUUGCGGUCCUUCCUCAUCACCCCUCAUGCCGCACUGCGUAGCUCGGUCACAACGAAUCUGCAGGUGAUUCAGACGAGCGUGCUCUUGCGGCACCACCGACCGCUGUAUGCCUUUCUGAGCAGACACAUGCCCCGAGCGGCGAUCGAUGUGCAACGGAGCUACGUCGGUGCAGCGAGGUUGUAUUUCGAAACUGCCUUCCGGAGGUAUGCGCGCAGUCUGGGGGUUGCGCGAAAGAGAUGGAGCGAGGGGAGCAGUCCUUCGCUUAUCACCGACGCCCUUCCAUCAUCUAGCAAAGCGUACGCGGGAACAUCCAUAUCAAGUAUGCAAAGUAGCAUGGCCGCGCUCACCAAGAGUGUAGGCAGCAAUGCGGGCACCGCCCCUUUCUAUCCAACUUCAACAGGGAAAGCUGGCAGCGCGUCGGCGGGUGCCUCUGACGCCGACACAAGCAGCUCCGAUUCAUGGCUCUUUCCCUCCACCCGCCUGCAGUACGCGCGGCUCGAAAGCAACGCAGCCACCGUCCUAGGCUACCUCGCCGACGAUCCCACGUUCAAGGCUUGUCCCGAAAACCUCUUUCGCUCUCUCUCGCUCGUGCUCGUCGACAAUGUCUGUUCGGAAUACACCUUCCUCGCGCGCUUCUUUGAGGGGGUCGGCAAAGACGGUUCCUCCCCCACGGGUGGAAAGAGCAGCGUGUCGACUCCGAUGCACGAGGUGGGGCCGGAGGAAAGCGCGAGCAUUACGGGUGAUGAGAUGAUGGAGGAGCCCGAGUUGGACGCUACACCGGUGCAGUUGAGUUCGGCGGAACGCAAGCAGCUCAAAGGGCGAGGUGCGAGCGAGGAGAUUUUUAAACAAAUCAUGGAGCCUUCGGUUUCGACGUGGUCGUCCUUCACGAAGAGUCUGCUCACGCCUGCCUCGGCGAAAGGUGCUGCGGGAUUGGCGGCUACUGCGACCUCGGUCGUCUCCGCGGGAGGGGGUGGGAUCGCCAGUCCCAGCGGGUACUUUUCGCUGCUGAGCAUGUUGCAGCUGAACGAUGCGGUGCUGGGGUUGCUCGAGUCGAGAGGUUGCGCUAACGCGUUGGUUGAAGGCGCACUGAUGGGGUUCAAGAUCCACGCCUACCCGCUGGUCAAGAAGUUUCUCGAUGAUCAAGUUGCCGCUCUCACCGCGCUCACCUCCGGUACCACCCCUUCAGCGACAGGAGGCAUGUGGAGCGUCCUCAACACCUUCUCCUCCACCUCUGCUUCCGUGCCACCGCUCACGCCGACAACCGCAGAGGUCAUCGUCAUCCGCUACACAAGUUUGCUCACCAAAACCCUAUGGCUCCUCCAAGACGCGCCUGAUCAAGGCAUUCUCUCCUCCCUCCAGCGACUUCGGGCCGAACUAGCUAAAACCAUCACCACCACCAAAGCCUCACCCAACUGGUCCCAGCCGGACAAGGUGCGCACCAUCAAGACGCUCAUCAGCGCCAUUGAGGCCGUCACCCAAGCCAGCGCGCUCGGUACACACCCCAAGGUCCAGAACGAGUACGCGUUCUGGAACGAAACGCUGCUCACUAUCAGUGCGUAA